AUGAUUCAUCUAUCCACAGAAGUAGAGAUGAAUGACUAUCAUCUCCAUACACCAAGCUACAAAAGCAAAUCAAAAAAUAGCAUAUCUCGUGAAACAAUUCUACAAUCACAUCAUGAAUCACCUGCUAAUUCAGACGAUUUAUCAGAAAGUAGGAAUACCCAUGCCACUUCACCACCUUCAUUUGAUUACUACUUUGAUAAUAAACAUAGAGAUGAUGCAACAACUCACUUGUCACCCAAAUUGAAUGAUUUGAUGACGUUUUCUGAUAUUAUUGAAUCUGAUCCAAUAGCAAUACCAAAGGAUUAUGAGCAUCCACAUGAUAGUGAAGCCAAAUGGGUCUUCAACAGAAAUGAGAUUAAUAGCACGGUAUCUCAACCUCAACCUGAACCUGUUACGUCACAAAAUAUUCCCCAAUCAUUACUACCUCAAAAACUAGAAGAUACGCGGAAGGAGUCCAUAGUUAGUACCAAUGAUGCAUCUCAAACACACCAACAACGUAAAGGGUUACCAAGGUCGACAACAACUGAAUCUAUCCAAAUGGAGCAAUCAAAUGUUCAUCAAAAGAGAGUGGUGCAAAUUAAAAAUCUUGAAGAGCAAGCGACUAGCAAAGCCGAAGGAGAAACAUAUAAAGUUCUUUAUUGCAUGUUGACGGGAAUCAGGGUUGCCGUGAGUUACAAAGCUAUGGGUGUUCGUAGUUUGACAUCUGCUGAUUUCAGCCAGGUACAAAAAUUUACAUUUCAAGACAAUGAUACCAUUACCCCAGCCCUGAAUUAUGAUUUCCGUUUUUAUGAUUAUGCACCACAAGUUUUUCGUUGGCUUCGAGACCAAUUCAAUAUCGAUCAAGCAAAUUAUCUUAUUUCCAUCACAGGUCAAUUAAUUGUGUCACAAAUCAAAUCAGAAGGUAAAUCAGGUUCAUUAUUUUAUUUCAGCAAGGACAAAGUAUACAUAAUCAAGACUUUAAGAUAUAAUGAAUUCAAAUUUUUACAACGGAUAUUGGGACCAUAUGUUGCCCAUGUGGGUAAGAAUAAGAAUACCCUAAUUAGUCAAUUUUAUGGAUUACAUCGAGUAAAAGUAAGAACAAGUACGGGCAAAACAAGGACCCAUCAUUUUGUAAUCAUGAAUAAUCUUUUCCCACCCAAUGCUAUAUUGAAUCAGACUUACGAUUUAAAAGGAAGUACAGCGGGCAGAUAUACUCCAGUUAUAAAAGGAAAGAAGAGCCAUACACUUAAAGACAAGAAUUUUUUAGAAUCAAAAGUCAAGAUAAAAUUUGGGCCAGAAACCCGUGCGGAAUUUUUCAAACAAUUGGAAUCAGAUGUACAAUUCCUAAUCAAGAAUGGAAUCAUGGAUUACCUGUUAUUAUUAGGGAUUUGUAAUUCCAAAACCGGGCAUAGUAAUCGCGACCAAUACGAAGAUGAGUCAACUCCCCUAAAACAAAUGAAUUAUUUCUAUCGACAAGAUGGUGGGAUUCAAGCCACUAAUGAACAAAAUCAACCGCUACCGGAAAUUUAUUAUCUUGGAAUAAUUGAUUGUUUGACAUAUUAUUCGGUACGUAAACGAUUGGAGACGUUUUUCAGAUCUUUUGGUCAAUCUAGAAGUACUAUAUCGGCAGUGCCUCCAAAAGAAUAUGGAGUUAGAUUCCUCAAGUUUAUUAAAGAUGGAACAACUGAAGGUAAAUUUAAAGGGGAGUGA